AUGAAGCUCCUGCCCGUUGCCCUUCUCCUCCUGCUUCUCCUGACAACGCUCGAAGCCAGACCAAAACCUGCAGGUGAGUCCUGGCUGUGCAGGACAGGUCCCCUGGACAUUGUGUUUGUGAUCGACAGCUCCCGCAGCGUGCGCCCCUUUGAGUUUGAGACCAUGCGGCGGUUCAUGAUGGACAUCAUUGGCAACCUGGACGUGGGCCCCAACGCCACACGGGUGGGGGUGAUCCAGUACUCCAGCCAGGUGCAGAACAUCUUCUCCCUCAAGACCUUCUUCACACGGGCAGACAUGGAGAAGGCCAUCAACAGCAUCAUCCCACUGGCCCAGGGCACCAUGACGGGGCUGGCCAUCCAGUACGCUAUGAACGUGGCCUUCACCACGCAGGAGGGCGCGCGCCCUCUGCACAAGAAGAUCCCCCGCAUCGCCAUUAUCGUGACGGAUGGACGGCCCCAGGAUCGUGUCACUGAGGUGUCCACCCAGGCCCGGAACGCUGGCAUCGAGAUCUACGCUGUGGGCAUCCAGCGGGCAGACAUGAACUCGCUGCGGGCCAUGGCCUCGCCGCCGCUGGAGGAGCACGUCUUCCUGGUGGAGUCCUUUGAGCUCAUCCAGCAGUUCGGGAAGCAGUUCCAGGACAAGCUCUGCGGGGUGGACAUGUGCGUGGAGCAGGAGCAUGGCUGCCAGCACAGCUGCGUCAGCACCCCCGGCUCCUUCUACUGCGAGUGCAACCCGGGCUACAGGCUCAACGUGGAUGGAAAGACCUGUUCCCAGUGCGGGGCUGGGCAUGUCGACCUGGUGAUGGUGAUCGAUGGCUCCAAGAGCGUUCGUCCCCAAAACUUCGAGCUGGUGAAGCAGUUUGUGAACCGCAUCGUGGACCUGCUGGAGGUGUCCCCUCAUGGCACGCGGGUGGGGCUGGGGCAGUACUCCAGCCGCGUCCGCACCGAGUUCCCCCUCAACAAGUACCACAGCGCGGAUGAGAUCAAGAAGGCAGUGAUGGAGGUGGAGUACAUGGAGAAAGGCACCAUGACGGGCCUUGCCCUCAAGCACAUGGUGGAGCACAGCUUCUCUGAGCUGGAAGGUGCCAGACCUCUCUCCCACAACGUGCCCAGAAUUGGUCUCGUCUUCACGGACGGGCGCUCCCAGGAUGACAUCUCCGAAUGGGCCAGGAGAGCAAAGGAAUCAGGGAUCGUCAUGUUCGCCGUGGGCGUUGGCAAGGCUGUAGAAGAGGAGCUGAGAGCGAUCGCCUCUGACCCGGUGGAGCAGCACUUCUCCUACUCAGCAGACUUCACCACCAUGACCCACCUCGUGGAAAACUUCAAGCUGAACAUCUGCCCAGAGGAGGGCAAAGGGGAGAUGGAGAUCCGCAGCCCAUGUGAGUGCGAGGCGCUGGUGCAGUUCCAGACAAACACCGUGGCCAUCCUGCAGAGCCUGACCGAGAAAAUUGCUCAGAUGAUGGCCAGACUUGAAGACUUGGAAAAGCAGAUUGUCAACAAGAAGUGAUCCUUGCAGAGGGCUGCAGCGCUCGGAUGGGGCACAGGGACCUACAGUAGCUACAUGGCAUUGUUAUUGCUAGGUUAUUGUAAAGCAUCAGUGUUUGUUCUUGUAUCACAAAAUCCCAAGGGGGAUGUGGAGUGUGUUU